AAAUUGUAGUGAGUAGUUUGGUUGCUAUGCAUGCUAAUGACUCUGUACCCUGGGCUGUAGGAUCUCUAUUAAAAGAGGCAAGUCUCAGACUGGAGGUGGUUCACAAUCAAGGCAGUAGGGGCAUCUGGAAAGAGAGGCUUCCCUGCGCUCAGCACACACAGAGCCACUGGAGACUGCACAGGGGGACAGAGUGAAGCUGAUCUGAGGUUGAUAAAUAACACUGUAGGGUUUGGGACAUGAAACUCCUGUCAGUGGCAUUUCUUUUGCUCCUUAUAGCCGUCUGCACACUACACGUGGAAGGGUUGAAAUGCAAGUGUCCCAGAAAGGGUCCCAAAAUAAGAUUCACAGAGGUGCAGAAGCUGGAAAUCAAACCCCGACACCCAUUCUGCGAGGAAAAGAUGAUUAUUGUGACCAUGCAUGUGUCAAGACAUAGAGGGCAACAGUACUGCUUGCACCCCAAACUACACAGCACAAAGAAGUUCCUUAAGUGGUACACAAUAUGGAAGGAAAAGAGCAGAGUGUAUGAAGACUAAGAGGGCACUACUAUUGCAAGAUAUAAUAACAGAGGAAAUCAAAAGACUGCCUGGAAAGAAGACAAAACUGAUUUCUUUUUUUCCCUGGUUUAUAGACCUUAUGUUAUUAUAAACAAUCCUUAAGAGGGGUCCAUUUUUACAUUUUAUAUCCAUUUAAAGAUAAACCCUUUGAAUUCAUAAAUGUCUCAUGCUCUCCUGAAUUUAUAACAGUCUUCAUAAUACUGAAUUGGAAAAGCAAUUUUGUGUUAUUUUAUGUGCAUGUGUGAGCUUUAUAAGUUCAUUUAGUAAGAAAGUAAUUAGGUAAAAUUACUAAUACUCUAUUAUAUUUUUUCCCUAAACUUUAAUUUUCCCUUUGCCAUUUGCAAACAAAACAAUUACAUUCAAUUUUAUUUGUUUUAUAUGCAACACAUCAAUUUCGAUUGAGGGGACUCAAAACACCAAGUUGAGCCAUGUGUAACAUUUUUGUAACAUUUUGGUAAAAUUGCAGGUUUUAAUGUGGCCAUUAUUUUAAGCAAUUUUUUUAAAAUUAUGUCAUUAUUUUAAAUGUUAGAGAAAAGCACUUUGUCACUUAAAAUUGUCGUACUAAAAUGUUUUUUUUUGUAAUUUAAAAACAUGCACUUGAUUGAUGGAAUUUUCACAAAAGAUUACAUUUUAAAAUUAUAGAAUAGAUUUAUAUUUUCAUUUUUGAUGUAACGAGCAAAAUAAUACCCCUAGCUUGAACAAAAGAAGUAUAGUUUUGUUUUUAAUUUUGCUUUAAAUUUUAUUUUAAUUUUUGAAAUUAUGGUACAGUAAGUUAAGCAUUGUUCAACUAAUUGCAGAAUAUGUCAGUAUAAAAUAUGUUGUAAUCUGAUCACUUUAUAAUUCUUUUCAAUGUUAUAAUAUUAAAAAACGUAGCCAUUGUGCGAACAGUAAAGAAUUGCUGCCGUUGUGGAAAGGUAGUCCGUCCCUGUGACACUAAAUUUACAAUUUAGUAAAGCAUACAAUAGCUCUACCCCUACAGAAUACACCAAGGGGUUACAGCACGCCUGGUAGACAUAUUUGAAGUCUAGAGGGUAGAAAUCUCACAAUUCUUCAAGUUAAGAUCACGUCAGUCUCUGUUCUAUAAUACAUUAGCUUUUAGAUUGUAAAAUGAUGUGACUUUAACAACACAUAAAAUUAUAAAAAUAUAUAUAUUUUUAUUGAAAAAUCCCACACAUUUCCUUCAAGAUAAAGCUGUAAACUUUUGAAAAUGUUUAUACACUGUUAGUAAAUGCUUAAUAGACAGUAUUUCACUCAAUGUUAAACAGUAUGGUCAAUUCUUACUGAACUUAGUUGGGUAGACAAAAACUUUCUAAUAUGUAAAUAUACUAUGAUGAAAAAGGUUCGUAUUAUUGUGUAUAUUAUCUAUAUAUGUAAUGCAGAGUACUGCUAAAUUAUCAUGUUAUUUAAGUACAUUCAGUUUGUAGAAAGUUGCAUGGUGGUUUCUUAUUCAUUUUUUUAAUAAAUUGGGGGGAAAAUA